AAACGAGGGGGCGGGGGUUGAAAGACGUGCGUUAGAGUGAGACUGUCUGAUGGUGAUUGCGGUGUUUUUGAUAAAGUGAAUUUUAUCUGCAUUCAGGAGGGAUGGGGAGUGUGUGUCGGGAGGUAGUUACCCUGCAACUCGGUCAUUACGCCAACUAUGUGGGGAUGCACUGGUGGAAUCUACAGGACGCGUCUCUGCGCUACGAUGCGGACCCCCACAACCUCCCCAGCGAGGUCCGCAGCGAUGCUCUCUUCAGGGAGGGGCUCACACAGUCCGGACAGACCACCUACACCCCCCGCCUCAUCGCACUGGACCUCAAAGGCAGCCUCAAUACACUGAGACAGGAAGGCACCCUGUAUGAGUUACACAGACAGGACAGCACCUUCACAUGGGAGGGAGAGGUGAUGACGCACGAAGAGGAGCCGGCUGUGAAGAACGUGUUCCUGCAGGACCUGGAACGGCUGGAUCAGGGGGAGGUGUUGGCAGAGGGAGAAUUCAGCCAGCAGCAGCAGCGUGAACAGUACAGAGGUGCAGAGGGCUCAGUGAAUGCCAGUGUGGAGCGCACUCAGAAGCUGUUCUCUCUGGAGGGCAGUGUGAGGGUGUGGUCAGACUUCCUCAGGAUCCACCUUCACCCCCGCUCCAUCUCCGUCAUUCACCAGUACAACCACGACGGGGAGACGAACCGCAUGGAGGCGUUUGGCCAGGGGGAGGCGCUGCUGAGGGAGCCCCUGUUUCUGGAGGAGUUGGAGGACCGGCUGCACUUCUUUGUGGAGGAAUGUGACUACCUGCAGGGAUUCCAGGUGCUGUGUGACCUGCAGGACGGGUUCUCUGGCCUGGGCUCUGGAGUCACAGAGCUGCUGCACGAUGAGUAUAGGGGGAGAGGAGUCUUCACCUGGGGGCUGGGACCCAUCACACACUCUGACACUAGCCCUGUAAAAGAUGUGUUUCACUUGCUGAACUCCGUCCUGGGUGUGGUCAGCCUGUCCAAUCACAGCUCUCUCUUCUGCCCGCUGUCCCUGAGGGGGGGGCUGGGGCGCAGACCGCCCCCCCACAUCACCUUCCCUCACCUGCAGUACGACCCCUCCCUGUGGUAUCACAGCAGUGCUGUACUGGCCACAGCUCUGGACACGCUGACCCUGCCCUACCGCACCCUGAAGGACAGCGCCACCAUGGGGCAGCUGGCAGACGUGUUCGCCGUGUCGGGCAGGAAGGUGGUGACAGCGUCUGGCGCGGUCCCCUUUCCCAUGAUGCUCGGCGACUGUCUCCCGAACGCGCUCGCUGGGUUCGGCGAGGCGUUGCCGUGGAAACCGCUGUCAGCCUGCGGGGAGCAGAGUGACGGGCGGUGCUUCGCCCAAUCGGUGUCCCUGAGAGGAGUAGAGGGGCAGAGCCUGGUCAGUCAGUUGGCCCCUGGGACCCAGCCCCCUUCUCCCCUGCACUGCUACGGCUCUGGAGAGGACGUGCUGACAGCCUACCUGCAGGAGCGGUACCCCGGCACACCCAGCGUGGUGCACCUGGUUCAGAGCCCCUGCAAACUGAUGACCCCCUUCCCUCAGAUCUUCACCCCCGCCCUGGGCAAGCAUGGCUUCCUGGAGUCCAACCCACGACCAGCCAGCACCCCGGUGGACAGUGUCCCUGUCCUCACUUGUCUCCAGUCCUCCCCUCUCCUGCACCGCUGUCUCUCUGAGCUGCACUCGGAGGUCAGCGCUCUGGAUCUGCGGAGGUUCUGCAGCUUCCUGUCCGCUGGCACCGAGCUCGAUGACCUCCGGGAGGCGCUGCAAUACCUCAAGGCACUGGCCCAGCACUAUAAGAUGAACUCUGACCUCGACGCCUCGUCUGAGGAGGAAUCGGACUGAGGAACCCAUCAUCUGCACUCCAAGAACAGGAUAGGGACCUGAAAUAACUGAAGGAGCUGGGCUGCACUUUGGAUUAAGGCUGUAGACUUGUUAAAUUCAGUAAAGAAGCAGCUGGACUGGAAUGGACCGAGCACCACUGGCUUAGAAAAACCUUGAACUCCCAGUGCUGCAAGGGGAGACCCAGUCAUGAGGACUGGGAGCUCAGAACCAAAUAAACAAAUGCAUUGCGGUCAAGGGGAGGGUCUGGUUUCAUUGCAUUUUUUUCCUAGGACUCUGUCUUGUGCUCUUUUUUUUAAUGGAUUCAUUUUCAAGUUAAACUGCAGAGGUUCCUCAUCCACACUACCUAAAAAUAAAUCUAUCCUCCAGAACUUUGAACACUCAAUACUGCUGAAUUCAGAAACGCUGAAAGAAACGUAAUAGAUUCGAUGUUGAAUGUUUCGACUGAAUUCAAGUUUCUUUUAGUAUUUCUAAAUCCCUAAAUAAUGCACGUCGAACAGGAGUUCGCAAAACCAUUUUCAUAACGUGACAGUCGUGGAUUAAUCCGGGUCAGAUGUUAAAAGAAUCCUGUGUUCACGAGUUUCAAUAAAAUCCGAUUCUGAAUUAUCAGUCACAUCCCUACCGGAACGUAGUUACAACAGCUACACUUAGGAAUGUCGCAAAAAUUCAGUGACACAGAAUUCUAAACCACGACAGAUCAAAUUAUGUCAAUAAUCAGCUUUAAUGACUUACAGUACAUUUCUAAGAGUUCAGUGGCUCCCUCUGAUCAAGUUGAGGGUGUGCUUUCUCUCGCACUCUUUGUA